ACUUUUCUAACGCACGUGACGUCGGCUUCCGUAAAUCACUUUCGGUUAGCUGUUUACGAUGCAUUGUUCAUCGUACAGCUUUUAUCAGUUAUAAUUUUUACAUUUAUUUAAUGCACGCGUUGUGAUAGGGUCAAGGGCUCACAUCAUGGAGAGUUCAGACACCAGCGCUAUUCUUCCGGAGGACUCUUCAGAUUCGGGUGAAUCUAGCGAAGUCUGUUGUUGUUGUUUAAGGGUGCCCGAGGGUGCCAAACCUCCACCUUGCUCGUGUCCGUUUUUCGUGACCGUGGAGCCCGUUAUGUUCUUGUCUAUGUUCUCCAUAGUUCUCCAAACGCCCCUAUACAUGCAGUACCUGUGGGAUCGUAUAAGUGAAGAUGUGGGUUAUAAUGGAUCAAAAGCAGGAGGGUGUAAUGCUUCGAUUAUUGACGACCCUUUAGAGAAGGAAGUGGAGACACUGACAGCCCACUGGAACCUGUAUAUCAAUUUGGGUGGAUUUCUUGUUGGCCUGUUUACUGUGACCUUACUGGGCUCAUGGAGUGACCACGCAGGUCGGCGUCCGGUUCUGAUCAUCCCUUCCUUAGGCUUGGCUGUCCAGGCGGCUGUAUAUCUGAUCGUAAUGUAUUUAAAGCUGCCCGUGUACUGGUUUCUCAUCGGACGGAUUUUCAGCGGCCUAUCUGGGGACUUUAAUGCCAUUUUGGCUGGAUGCUUUUCUUAUGUGGCCGACAUUAGUGGCAGGGGCUCACGCACCUUUCGCGUUGCAAUACUAGAAGCUUGUCUGGGAAUAGCUGGCAUGUUUGCCAGUAUCAUUGGAGGACAUUGGCGUAAGGCGCAGGGGUAUAUCAACCCUUUCUGGCUUGUUUUGGCCACAAACUUAGCAGCGGCUCUGUACGCCUACCUCUUUGUGCCUGAAUCUGUUACCCCUGACCCAGAUGCAAAACUCCUCUCCACCAGGCACCAUCGGGCUGUCUACCGCCUCUACACAUCUAAUGAACAGCAGGGACGCAGGACUAACCUGUGGCUUUAUACUUGCUGCUUCUUUUUGUUGGUGUCUGUACAUUUAGGUUGCAGGGAGCUUUACGUGCUCUAUGAAUUGAGCGCUCCACUUUGUUGGGGUUCAGAGCUGAUUGGCUAUGGCUCUGCAGCCAAUAAUUUGACUUAUCUCACCAGCCUGAUUGGUCUCAAGCUUAUGAAGUACUGUUUAAAGGACUUCUGGGUGGCUUUAGUGGCCCUAACUUCAAACAUCACCGGCCUGAUUGUAAUUUCGGUCGCAAACACCACAGCUAUAAUGUUCACAGGAUAUGGUCUGUGUUUCCUUUCCAUGGCCUGCACUCCGGUGCUGAGAUCUAAACUGUCCAAGCUAGUGGAUCCUUCAGAACAAGGGGCUCUUUUUGCAUCGGUGGCGUGUGUUGAAGGUCUGUGCUCACUAGUGUCUAGUGCAGUUUUUAACUCCUUGUAUCCGGCUACCCUACACUUCAUGAGGGGUUUCCCCUUCCUUUUUGGGGCUUUGGUUCUCGUCAUUCCUGCUGCAGUGAUUGGGGGCUUGGGUUGUCAAGAGAAGAGGAGGAACAGCGAAAGCUCUGGGACAUCCUGACACUGCAAAAACUCUGAAAACUGAAA